AUGGACUACUCCUACCUCAAUUCGUACGACUCGUGCGUGGCGGCCAUGGAGGCGUCCGCCUACGGCGACUUCGGCGCCUGCAGCCAGCCUGGCGGCUUCCAGUACAGCCCCUUGCGGCCUACCUUCCCCGCGGCCGGGCCGCCUUGCCCCGCGCUCGGCUCCUCCAACUGCGCGCUUGGCGCCCUGCGCGACCACCAGCCCGCGCCCUACUCGGCAGUGCCCUACAAGUUCUUCCCGGAGCCAUCGGGCCUACAUGAGAAGCGCAAGCAGCGGCGCAUCCGCACCACGUUCACGAGUGCACAGCUCAAGGAGCUGGAGCGCGUCUUCGCAGAGACCCACUACCCAGACAUUUACACGCGGGAGGAGCUGGCGCUCAAAAUCGACCUCACUGAGGCUCGCGUACAGGUCUGGUUCCAGAACCGCCGCGCCAAGUUCCGAAAACAAGAGCGGGCGGCCAGCGCCAAGGGCGCGGCGGGCGCGGCGGGCGCCAAAAAGGGCGAGGCGCGCUGCUCGUCUGAGGACGACGACUCCAAGGAGUCCACGUGCAGCCCCACGCCCGACAGCACCGCGUCGGCCUGGCAGCCGGCGGAGCCGGGGCCAGGGCCCUUCUCCGGAGUUCUGUCCUCCUUUCACCGGAAGCCUGGCCCUGCGCUGAAGACCAAUCUCUUCUAG